CAGAAGCCAUUCUUGUUUUCGGCUUUGGGCUUCUCCUCACAGCCUCUCUCUCUCUCUCUCUCUCUCUCUCUUCGUCAGUGGAGUUCGUUGGCAUCUAGGGUUUUCGAUCUCCCCCCUCCACCACCACCUCCCUCUCUCCUCGAGUUUGCUCUAGGGUUCGUGCUCCGCGCACCUCCCUUCUCAUCGAACGAGGCAUGUUCUCUUCUUCCUCUUCUUCUUGAACCCUAUAGACGCCAAAAGACCAAUCUUUGGAGUGUAAGAGGAUCGAAACAUCGACAAUGUCGUCGGAUAUAAGGAAGUGGUUCAUGAAGCAACAUGACAAGGGGAAUGGUGCUAAGCCCGCGUCGAAGCCCGCGGCGGCGAAACCUGCCUUGGCCGUCCCCGAAAAGCCCUCUUCGAUCGCCGAGAAGCCGGUGCUGAAAGGUCAAGAUUCUUCUGGAAGAAGAAAAACAAGCAAGUAUUUUGCAGCUUCUGCUGCGACCGAAUCUGGCAUUAAGGAGACACCCAAAGAUGAGAAAUUGUCUCAGAAAGAUGCUGCAAAAAGAAAAAAAGAAAAAGAUAUCGAGGAACUUCAGGAUGAUAUUAAGCCCGCCCCGGCGAAGAAGCUCCACAAGGAUGAAGAUGAUGACUUUGUGGCAACACCGAAGAAGAAAAAACCUGCUGAGUUUAAGCCCUCCAAGAAGUUAAAGAGUGAUGGUAUGGAUGAUAAUGAUGUAGAGGAGCUUGAUGAUGAAGAUGCUGCUACUCCGCUGAAAGCUGCUGGGCGUGGCAGGGGUGGCAGAGGAUUGGGAGCAACUGCUGGAGGAAGAGGGAGAGGGGGCGGGAGAGGUGGUUUUAUGAAUUUUGGUGAAAGGAAAGACCCACCACACAAAGGAGAGAAGGAAGUCCCAGAGGGUGCUCCAGAGUGUCUGGCGGGUCUUACAUUUGUCAUUAGCGGCACUCUUGACAGCUUAGAACGGGAGGAAGCAGAGGAUUUAAUUAAACGUCAUGGUGGUCGCAUUACAGGGUCUGUGAGCAAAAAGACGAGUUUUCUUUUAGCUGAUGAAGACAUUGGUGGAAGGAAAUCUUCAAAAGCCAAAGAGCUUGGUAUCCGCUUUUUGACUGAGGAUGGGUUGUUUGAUAUGAUCCGAAAAUCAAAACCUGCAAAAUCAGCAGUUCAUGGGGAUCGUAAGAACUCUUUGGAAAAGGCAGAAAAAUCGCCUGUAAAGAGCAGUAUAGUAGGAGUUAAAAAGAGAGAUAAUCAAGUAAGCCCUGCGGGGAAAAAAGGUUCUGAAAUAAGUGUUAAAGCAACUGCUUCUCUUGAUAAGCGGAAGGCUCAAACUCGUGACCGCAGUUCACUUAUAUGGACAGAGAAGUACCGGCCAAAGGUUCCAAAUGAUAUAAUUGGCAACCAAUCACUUGUUAAGCAACUUCAUGAUUGGUUGACAAGUUGGAAUGAUCAAUUUCUACAAACUGGCCAAAAGGGAAAGUCGAAAAAGCAGGGCGAUAGCGGAUCUAAAAAAGCUUUACUUAUUAGUGGCUCACCUGGAAUUGGUAAAAGCACUUCGGCAAAGUUGGUCAGUCAAAUGCUUGGUUUCCAGGCUAUUGAGGUUAAUGCAAGUGACAGCCGUGGCAAGGCAGACGCGAAAAUUGUCAAAGGGAUUGGUGGAAGUACAGCAAAUUCUAUUAAAGAACUUGUUUCCAAUGAAUCACUUAGCUACAAUAAGGAAUGGUCAAAGCAUCCAAAAUCUGUACUAAUAAUGGAUGAGGUUGACGGAAUGUCAGCUGGAGAUCGAGGUGGAGUUGCUGAUCUUAUUGCUAGCAUAAAAAUCUCCAAGAUUCCUAUUAUCUGCAUAUGUAAUGACCGUUACAGUCAGAAGUUGAAGAGUCUCGUUAACUACUGCAUGCUGCUCAACUUCAGGAAGCCUACGAAGCAACAGAUGGCAAAAAGGUUAAUUCAAAUUGCAAGUGCUGAAGGUCUUCAAGUUAAUGAGAUUGCACUUGAAGAGCUUGCUGAUAGAGUAAAUGGCGAUAUGCGGAUGGCAUUGAAUCAGUUGCAGUACAUGAGCCUAACAGAGUCGGUAAUCAAAUACGAUGAUAUAAGAGAGCGUCUUCUUAACAGCUCAAAAGAUGAAGAUAUAUCACCCUUCACAGCUGUUGACAAGUUGUUUGGUUUCAACGGUGGAAAGCUGCGAAUGGAUGAGAGGAUUGAUUUGAGCAUGAGCGAUCCUGACUUGGUCCCUCUUAUCAUUCAGGAAAACUAUAUCAAUUAUCGACCGACUACUAUUGGAAAAGAUGAAAAUGGAGUUAAAAGAAUGAAAUUACUGGCCCAGGCUGCUGAGUCUAUAGCAGAUGGUGAUAUAGUUAAUGUACAGAUCAGACGAUAUCGGCAAUGGCAGCUAUCCCAGGCUUCAUCAUUUGCAUCCUCUAUAAUACCGGCUGCUCUGAUGCAUGGCAAUAGGGAGACCCUUGAACCGGGAGAGCGUAACUUCAAUAGAUUUGGUGGAUGGUUUGGAAAGAACUCAACAAUGGGAAAGAAUUUGAGGCUUUUGGAGGAUGUUCAUGUCCAUAUUCUAGCUUCUCAGGAAGCUAACUUGAACAGGGAGACUCUGCGGGUGGAUUACUUUACUCUUCUAUUAAGACAGUUGACUCAUCCUCUCCGUGCAAUGUCUAAGGAUGUUGCUGUCGAGAAAGUUGUGGAGUUUAUGGAUAAUUACUCUUUAACUCAGGAGGACUUUGACACAGUUUUGGAGCUAUCCAAGUUCCAGGGCCACCCAAAUCCGAUGGAUGGUAUUCCACCCGCGGUUAAAGCUGCGCUAACUAAAGCAUACAAGCAAGGCAGUAACUCUCGUGUUGUGCGAGCGGCAGAUUUAAUCACUCUUCCCGGCCUUAAGAAGGCUCCGAAGAAGCGCAUAGCGGCAAUUCUGGAGCCAGUGGAGAAUGAUCUACCUAAAGAAAAUGGGGAUUCUUUGGUCGAAGGCGAGGAGGAGAAUACUUCCGAUGCUGAAGAUAAUGAUGAACUAGAGAUUAUCGGGGAUUCGAAGCCACAGCUGGACCUCCAGAGUGAUAAAGCCAAAGGAAUUCAAGUGCAUCUUGAUCUAAAAAGCAAUGAGAAGUCCAAAGGGAAGAAGACACCUGCGAGCAAAUCAAGAGUUCCCAAUUCUGCUGAUAAGCCCGCCAAAAGUUCAAGUGCUAAGAGAAAGAGGUAAAGACGCAGAGGAAUCGUAAGCUCGUUGCCAAGUUUUGAAAUGUGUAUACUUAAAAGUUGCGGAGAACCUGUCACGUACAUAUCUCCGCUGUUUUGCUAUUGUCGGCUUCUCCGUUUUCUGUACGUUUUCGUCUAAGCUUUGCUGUUCCCCUAAUGCAUCUGCUCGUUUUAUUCGCCGUAAUUCAAUCCUUAUGUUAUAUUAACACAUCUUGCUGUUCCUAUUUAAAUAUGAGCUUUGCAUACAUGAGUUCCAUUGGAUGGUGGCUAA